CCCAUUGGCGCGUUUUGACGUCCGCAGCAGCUCCGCGACACCUUUGUUUGCCUCUCUGCACAAGUGCAAUUAGCCUCACUCAAUCCAACAAACUCAAAGUGACCUCCAUGCCUGGAAACAAGCAGCUUCUAGCUGUAUGCUUCCUCCUCCUGGUGGUCCUCAACCUUGCAGCCCUCACCGCCGGCGACGAUCACCAGCUCCUGUACUCCGGCUUCGCCGGCAGCAACCUCAUCCUCGACGGCGCAGCUACCGUCACGGGGAGCGGCCUCCUCGAGCUCACCAACGGCACGCUCCGGCUCAAAGGCCAUGCCAUCUAUCCCACACCGCUGCGCUUCCGCGACGCGUCGUCCAACAGUAGCGCGAUGAGGUCCUUCUCCACCUCGUUCGUGUUCGGCAUCCUCUCCGCCUACCCCGACGUGAGCGCCAACGGCAUCGCCUUCUUCGUCGCGGAGAGCAAGGACUUCUCCGGGGCGAUGGCGGCGCAGUACCUCGGCCUCAACGGCAGCAACAACGGCAACACCACCAACCGCGUCUUCGCCGUCGAGCUCGACACCAUGCAGAACAACGAGUUCAGGGACAUCAGCGACAACCACGUCGGGAUCGACAUCAACAGCCUCGUCUCGGUGGACUCUACCAACGCCGGCUACCACGACGACGGCGGCGGCGACUUCCACAGCCUGACGCUGAUCAGCCACGAGGCGAUGCAGGUGUGGGUGGACUACGACGGCCAGACCAAGAAGAUCAACGUGACCCUGGCUCCCCUCAAGAUGGGCAAACCUGUCAGGCCGCUGCUCUCGGCAACUCACGACCUCUCAACGGUGAUCCCCGACAUGGCAUACAUUGGCUUCUCAUCGUCCACAGGGUUAGUCAACUCAAGACACUAUGUUCUUGGAUGGAGCUUCGCCAUGGAUGGUCCCGCGCCAGCCAUCGACAUCGCCAAGCUGCCCAAGCUACCCCGUGAGUUCCCAAAACCAAGAUCCAAGGUCAUGGAAAUCAUCCUACCAAUUGUCACAGCAGCAGUGGUCCUCUUUCUGGGUGCAGUCCUUGUUCUACUUAGGAGAAGGCAGCUAAGGUACAGUGAACUUAGGGAAGAUUGGGAAGUCGAGUUCGGACCGCAUCGGUUCUCGUACAAGGAUUUGUUCCGUGCCACAGAAGGGUUCAAGAACAAAAAUCUGUUGGGAGUAGGAGGGUUUGGCAAAGUAUACAGGGGAGUUCUUGGUGUGUCUAAAUGCGAGAUCGCCGUGAAGAGGGUGUCACACAACUCGAAGCAGGGCAUGAAGGAAUUUGUUGCUGAGAUUGUUAGCAUCGGGCGCAUGCAACAUCCUAACCUUGUUCAGUUACUCGGUUAUUGCCGUCGGAAAGGUGAACUGCUUUUGGUUUACGAGUACAUGCCGAAUGGGAGCCUGGAUAAGUAUUUGUAUUGCCAAGAGAGCAAGGCUACUCUAAAUUGGGCACAAAGGCUGGGUAUCAUCAAAGGCAUCGCAUCAGGCUUGAUCUACCUCCAUGAGGAAUGGGAAAAGGUUGUCGUCCACCGCGACAUCAAGGCGAGCAAUGUGCUACUCGACAGUGGUAUGAAUGGUCGAUUAGGAGACUUUGGGCUUGCUAUGUUGUAUGACCACAGUGACAACCCCCAAACCUCGCAUGUUGUUGGCACCAUAGGAUACCUUGCUCCUGAGCUUGGAUGCACCAGUAAGGCGACCACUUUGACCGAUGUGUUCGCCUUUGGCAUAUUCGUUCUUGAGGUCAUUUGUGGGCAAAAGCCCAUCAUGCAGGAUUCAGAAGACAACCAACUCAUGUUGGUUGAUUGGGUGGUCGAGCAUUGGAAACAAACAUCGCUAAUUGGUACUGUGGAUGCCAAGCUCCAAGGUGACUACAAUGUUGAUGAGGCAUGCAUAGCACUGAAGGUAGGGUUGUUAUGCUCUCAUCCCUUUCCUGAAGCAAGGCCCUGUAUGCGGCAAGUCCUGCAGUAUCUAAACGGUGAAGUGGCAGUGCCAGAGCUGGUUCCAGCACAUCUAGGCUUCCAAAUGCUGACACUGAUGCAGAAUGAAGGGUUCGACUCGUACAUCAUGUCAUACAUGCUCUGCCAUCUACUCCCCAUUCUCUUCCUUGGCCAUGGCCUUCUUGGAUCCUUAGCUGCCGACGGCAGCAACGGCGACCAAUUCGUCUACACCGGCUUCACCGGCGCAAACCUCACUCUCGACGGCGGCGCCACGGUCACCGCGACCGGCCUCCUCGAGCUCACCAACGGCACGACCCACCAGAAAGGCCACGCCUUCCACCCGGCUCCUCUGCGCCUCCGCGGGUCCCCGGAUGGCACGGUGCAGUCCUUCUCGGUGGCCUUCGUCUUCGGCAUCGUCUCCAGCUACCUCGACUUCAGCACCCAUGGCUUGGCCCUUGUCGUCGCGCCCGGCAGCAGGAGCCUGUCCAGCGCGCUGACGGACCAGUACAUGGGGCUCACCAACGCCCAGAACGACGGCAACGCGACCAACCACAUGUUCGCCGUCGAGCUCGACACCGUGCAGAACAUCGAGUUCCACGACAUCAACGCCAACCAUGUGGGCAUCGACAUCAACAGCCUCAGCUCCGUGCUAUCCAAUGACGCAGGCUACUACCACGACAGCAAUGGCAGCUUCCAAAAUUUAAGCCUCAUCAGCCGUGAAGCUAUGCAGGUUUGGGUGGACUACGACGGAGUGACCAUGCAGAUCAACGUGACCAUUGCUCCCCUUGCAACGGUGAAACCCAACAAGCCAUUGCUCUCUUACAUCUACAACCUGUCAACCGUGCUAGCAGAGCCGUCGUACAUCGGCUUCUCAUCGGCAACCGGACCGGGGAAUUCACGGCACUACGUUCUCGGUUGGAGCUUCGGCAUGAACAGACCUGCUCCAGUGAUCGACGUCACCAAGUUGCCCAAGCUUCCCCAACUAUUGGGCUCCAAGCCUCGCUCAAAGGUGUUGGAGAUAACCCUGCCGAUUGCGAGUGCCGCACUCGUUCUCGCAGCGGGCAUCGUCUUGAUUCUACUUGUGCGAAGGCGGUCGAGGUACACUGAGCUGCGGGAAGACUGGGAGAGCGAGUUCGGACCGCAUCGGUUCGCAUACAAAGAUCUGUUCCAUGCCACACAAGGGUUUAAGGACCAGCACUUGCUUGGUGCUGGAGGCUUUGGCAUGGUAUACAAGGGACGGCUUCAAAAGUCCAGAGUGGAAGUCGCUGUGAAGAAGGUGUCCCAUGGGUCAAAGCAAGGGAUGAAAGAGUUCAUCGCGGAGAUUGUGAGCAUCGGCCGCAUCAGGCACCGUAACCUUGUGCAGUUACUCGGCUACUGUCGCCGAAAAGAUGAGCUCAUUCUAGUUUAUGACUACAUGCCCAAUGGUAGCCUCGACAAGUACCUAUACAGCGAAGAAGAAGAUGACCCAGUAACCUUGGAUUGGGCUCAAAGAUUUCACAUAAUCAAAGGUGUUGCUUUCGGCCUACACUACCUGCACGAGAGGUGGGAGAAAGUCAUCGUCCACCGCGACAUCAAGACCAGCAAUGUGCUGCUCGACAGAGAAAUGAAUGGGCGACUCGGUGACUUCGGCCUCGCAAAGUUGUACGAGCACGGUGCCAACCCUCAAACUACUCGUGUGGUUGGCACCACGGGGUACCUAGCACCGGAGCUGGUGCGGACGGGCAAGGCGACCCCUCUGACCGAUGUUUUUGCCUUCGGCACCUUCAUGCUCGAGGUCACAUGCGGGCAGAGACCGAUCAAGCAGGACGUGCAAGGCAACCAGUUCUUGCUGGUCGACUGGGUGCUCCAGCACUGGCACGGCGAGUCGCUCCUCGAGACCGUGGACCCAAGGCUGCGAGGAGGCGAGUACAACUCCGGCGAGGUGCGGCUUGUGCUUCAGGUAGGAUUGUUGUGCGCGCACCCAUCUGCCACCGCAAGGCCCAGCAUGCAGCAAGUCUUGCAGUAUCUUGAAGGGGAGAUGCCACUCCCGGAGAUGACGCGAGGAGAACCGAGCUUCGACGUGCUGGCUCUCAUGCAAAGGAAAGGGUUCAACGUCAUGUCAUGCCCGUGCUCGUCGACGAUGGUGAGCGUGGGCACCAUAUCCGACCUAUCAGGAGGAAGAUGACGCUGAUGCUGUUUGACUUGGUUACUACUGUAUAUGACACAUCUUUUUAUUUCAAUAACUAGUCGGUCAACCCGUGCAACCGCACGGGCUAAUUAGAAUUAAUAUAAAAAUAAGAUCAAUGAUUAUAAUUAUC